AUGGGAAUUAUGAAGGUACUGCUGGCGCGACCUGCGCAAUGCGUGGCGCGCAAGCAGCUGUCGCCCGUUUCGCUGGCGCUCUUUAGCUCUGCCCGCGACCAGAACCCCAACGUGUUCUUUGACAUCUCAAUCGAUGGCAAGUCCAGUGGACGUCUGGUCUUUGAGCUGCGCGCCGACGUGGUACCGAAGACAGCCGAGAACUUUCGUCAGCUGUGCACGGGCGAAGCGGGUACGGGCGAAACAGGCAAGGCGCUGCACUACAAAGGCAGCAAGUUCCACCGUAUCAUCCCCAACUUUAUGUGUCAAGGCGGGGACUUUACGCACGGGAACGGCACGGGCGGCGAGUCCAUCUACGGUGCCAAGUUCCCCGAUGAGAAGUUUGAGCUCGCGCACGAAGGCGCGGGCGUGCUCUCGAUGGCCAAUGCUGGACCUAAUACGAACGGGUCACAGUUUUUCUUGACUACAGUGGACUGCCCGUGGCUGGACAAGGCGCACGUCGUGUUUGGGCGCGUGACGGAGGGCCACGACGUGCUCAAGGCCAUGGAAGAGCAAGGCAGCCAGUCGGGCGCUACUUGUGUUGACGUUGUGAUUCAGGACUGUGGCGAGCUCAAGAAGUAA